AUGUAUCUCAUCCAAUAUGCCACCGAGGCCGAUGGUCCAGGACUUGCCAAAGUCAACGUCCAAAGCUUUCAAGGCCGCCGUCUCCUCGAAGAAGUUUUUCCAGAGGCCAGCUUGACGAGAGUGCAAGAGUACAAAAUAAUUGUUGGAAUGAAACAUCUUGCAAACCCCAAUAUGCACGUGCUCAAGAUCCAUGAUCCAGUCAGUGGGGAUCUGGCAACCUACAGUCGUUGGCAAUUUCCAGCAUCAUUUGGGCAGAGCCUGGUUACCUUGAGUGAAGAGGCGGCCUUUUUAGCCAAGGAUCCCAUUCCACAUGCACCGCGGCCCAUGAAUGUGGGUCUUGCCAGUGCCUUUAAAAAGCUUCUUGAGGAAGCUCGCAAGCGAUAUACCACAGAGAACGACAUUAUCCUCGAUCUGCUAGCAACCCUGCCGGAAUAUCAGGGGCGAGGGUUUGGCUCUGCUAUCUUGAAAUGGGGUACGGAAAAAGCAGAUGCCUCCCAGUCGCGCAUCUUCCUCGAGGGUACGCCGGAGGGCGUUCCCGUCUACCAAAAGUAUGGGUGGAAGGUCGUAGAGGAGGUGGUUCUGGAUUUUGCCCAAUUUGGUGGUGAAGGGCACGAGUCAUUUUUCUUGAUGAUGAGGGAUCCAGUUUCACAGUAA